AUGUCCCCGGUGACGACGAAAAUCGACGACGGCGUGGCGGUGAUCGAGCUGAAUAACCCCCCGGUGAACGCGCUGGCGGUGCCGGUACUCGAGGGACUCGAGCGCGCGGUAAAGGACGCGCAGGCAAACUCGAACGUGCGCGCGAUCGUCAUCCACGGGGCGGGCGGAAAGUUUAGCGGCGGUUUCGACAUUACGCAAUUGAGAAAGUCGACCCAGGGGAAGCCGUCGAACGACGUGGGCGAUUUUAACGCGAUUCUGUGCCGAUACGUGGAGGGUGGAAGUAAGCCGUGCGUGGCGGCGAUCGAAAACUUGGCUCUAGGAGGGGGAUUGGAGGUGGCGAUGUCGUGCAACGCGCGCGUGGCGACGCCGAGGGCGCAGUUGGGGUUGCCUGAGCUUCAGUUGGGAGUGAUUCCUGGGUUUGGUGGCACUCAACGCCUGCCGCGGUUGGUGGGCUUGGAGAAGUCCCUGGAGAUGAUGCUGAAGAGCAAGUCGAUCAAGGCGGAGGAGGCGCUGAAACUUGGAUUGGUUGACAAAAUUGCGGACCCGUCAAGAAUCGUCGCCGAGGCGUCGGCGUUGGCGAAGGCGAUCGCGAGUGGCUCCGUGAAGCGGGAGCUUUCGAUGUAUCGUAAAGACAAACUACCAGAUCCCAAGUCUACGGAGAUGAUUCUCAAGGAGGCGAGCAAGAAGGCCAAGCGAGUGCAGUCAGUGAUGCCGCACGUGGCGCUUUGCGUCGAUGCCAUCUCGGUCGGACUCGCCCAAGGCCCUGAAGAGGGACUGAAGCGCGAGGCAGAAAACUUUAAAAAGGCUGUAUCAUCGCCUGCCGCGAAAGGUUUGGUUCACUUCUUCUUCGCUCAGCGCGCGACGAACGUAGUUCCGGGAAUCACGGACGUCGGCCUUAAGCCUCGACCGAUGAAGUCAGUCGGCGUCGUCGGAGGCGGUUUGAUGGGGAGUGGAAUCGCCACGGCGUGCUUGCUCGCUGGAAUUCAAGUCGUGUUGAAAGAGAUCAAGCAAGAGUUUUUGGACGCGGGCGUCGGUCGCAUUCAAUCAAACUUGACGAGCAUGGUUCGUAAAGGCAGGAUGACUGAAGACAAGGCGCGCCAGCUGAUGUCGCUCGUCAAGCCUACACUCACAGAUCAAGAUUUCCGUCAGUGUGAUAUGGUCAUCGAGGCUGUCAUUGAAAACUUACCUCUCAAGCAAAAGAUCUUCUGUGAGUUGGAGAGGAUUUGCAAGCCUGAUUGCAUCUUGAGCACGAACACGAGUACCAUCGACAUUACAAAAAUCGCCGCCAAAAUGAAGAACCCAGAGCGCAUCGUGGGUGCUCAUUUCUUUUCACCUGCUCAUGUCAUGCAGCUGUUCGAAAUUAUUCGUACCGACGCGACUCCGGCGCAGAUUUUGGUGGACACCUUGGGCUUGAGUAAACAAAUUAAGAAGACGCCUGUCGUCGUGGGAAACUGCACCGGAUUCGCCGUCAACCGUAUCUUCUUUCCGUACACCAUGAGCGCGACGGUGCUCGUGGAUAUUGGGUGCGAUCCGUACGCCAUCGAUCGUGCGAUAAUGAUGUUUGGAAUGCCCAUGGGUCCGUUCCGUUUGGGUGAUUUGGUCGGUCACGAUGUCGGCGUUCACGUCGGGCAGAACUUCAUCGACGAUUUCCCCGAUCGAGUCUACCGCUCGCCCCUCAUCCCAUCGUUGCUCGCGAACAAAAGAUUGGGCGAGAAGUCCGGUGCUGGAUUUUACAAGUACGACAAUAAGCGCCGGGCCACGCCUGAUUCCGAGGGUGUCGAGAUGCUCAUCGCCGCGUCCCGAGCGCAGUCCAAACUUCCGCUCGACGGUUCGCCCAUUCCGGCGGGCUUGAGUCCGCAAGAGAUCGCUGAGAUGAUCUUUUUCCCGGUCGUCAACGAAGCGUGCAGAGUUCUUUCCGAAGGCAUCGUCGUCAAGGCUGGCGAUAUCGACACCGCGGCAAUCUUAGGCAUGGGCUUCCCUGCCUUUCGAGGCGGCGUCGUCCACUGGGGCGACUCCGUCGGCCCCGCCGUGAUCGCCGCCAAGCUCCGCGCUUGGUCCACCAAGUACGGCGGUCUGUACCAACCGUGUCCUUACUUAGAGAACUGCGCCAUUCAGGGUCGCACCCUCGCUCAGGGUCCGUUGGACACCAAAAUUAAAUCUCGUCUUUAGAACCGAGCGACGCCGCCCUU